ACUCACUUGUCCCGAGACGCGCUUUGCUAUCUCCAUACAGACUGUUCCCUCAUUAUUCGGCUUCUAUGAUCUAGAUCACCAAAUCCCCGCUACCUUACUCGCAAUGGGCCGCGACAAGCUUACGCGCCAGUCGCUCGGUGGAAGCUUGUAUAAUCGCAUCAAUGAGGCGAAGGUUCUCAUGGUCGGUGCGGGCGGCAUUGGCUGCGAGCUUCUCAAGAAUCUCGUUCUCACCGGCUUUGGCGAAACCCACAUUGUUGACCUUGAUACAAUCGACCUUAGCAAUCUCAAUCGACAGUUCUUAUUUCGGCACGAGCAUAUCAAGAAGUCCAAGGCACUGGUAGCGAAAGAAUCAGCCUCACGCUUCAACCCGGCGGUCAAGAUCGUAGCACACCACGCAAACAUAAAGGAUCCGCAAUUCGAUGUGGAAUGGUUCAAGAGCUUCGACUUGGUCUUCAACGCGCUCGACAAUCUGGAAGCACGGCGCCAUGUGAAUCGGAUGUGUCUGGCCGCGGACAGGAUACUGCUCGAUGCAGGAACUACGGGCUGGCAAGGAUCUGUGACCGUGAUUAAGAAGGGCGUCUCGCAAUGCUAUGAUUGCAACCCCAAAGAAGCACCCAAGUCUUUCCCAGUCUGCACAAUACGAACGACACCGAGUCAACCGAUCCAUUGCAUCAUAUGGGCCAAGAGCUACCUUUUCACGGAGAUCUUUGGGACGAGCGAGGACGAUGCGCCGGAGUUGGACCAUUCAGAAGACCAAGAGAAUGCGUCCGAGAUUGAGAAGUUACGAAAGGAAAGCCAAGCGCUGAAAAAGAUCCGUGAAUUGAUUGGCAAAGAAACUUUCAAAAAGUCCGUUUUCGACAAAGUCUUCCAUGAAGAUAUAGACCGCCUGCGAAGUAUGGAAGAUGCUUGGAAAACGCGCAAAGCGCCCGAACCUCUGCAAUACGACAAGCUUGUUGCAGAGACUACUGGUAUAGCUAGCUCUGUAGCGCAGAGCGACCAGAAGGAGUGGACUCUGCAGGAAAGCUUCGUAGUCUUCAACGACAGUCUGGACAGGCUGGGUAAGCGAUUCCAAGAUCUGAAAGAGACAUCAAACGGCAACAGUAGCACACCACCCAUUCUCACGUUCGACAAAGACGACGAGGAUACUCUGGACUUUGUCGCCGCUAGCGCAAACUUGCGAUCACAUAUAUUCAGCAUCGAUUCAAAAUCUAAAUUCGAUAUUAAACAAAUGGCUGGUAAUAUCAUUCCAGCAAUCGCUACUACGAAUGCGAUUGUUGCAGGCAUCGUUGUGCUUGAAGCUUUCAAGAUAUUGCGAGAUCCACCGGAAUUUGACAAAGCUCGAUCUGUAUUUUUGACAAGAUUGUCGAAUAGUCCGGGUGUCACAGCUUCCGAGUCCUUGUUACCCCCAAAUCCUUAUUGUCCAACCUGCAGCGUUGCACAAGCGCAAUUGGUAACAGACUUCACACGCGCGAAGUUAAAAGACAUUGUGGAAGGGGUACUGAAGGCGAAGCUCAACUACAGCGAAGACUUCAGUGUCAGUACCGAAGCCGGUGUCAUCUUCGAACCCGAUCUGGAGGACAAUCUCGAGAAGAAGCUUUCAGAACUCAGUAUUGGAAAGGAGACUUUCCUUACUGUCCGAGAUGAGGCUGACGAUUGCCCGCGAACAAACCUGAUUCUGUCUAUGAUAGAGAAAUCGCUACCUGCUGAUGAGGGUGCUGUUCAGCUUCCCGAAGCAGUGGUCAUUCCUCAGCGUCCUCAAGCCAAACCCGAGCCAAGUAUGUCGAAUGGAUCCAACGCAACGAAUGGAACGAAACGGAAACGUGAUGCUACUGAGGCAGAUCUGGAGGAUGCCGGGAAGAUGAGUAAGAAGGGCAAAGUCCAGGAGAGUGGGCCUAUCACCAUCGAAGACGACGAUGGUGCCAUAUUAUUGGAUUGA